AUGCCCUCAGUCACCAACAUCGCGAACAUGUGUUCGCAUCUCCAAAACGCCUCUAAAGCCCGCCUGGGUAUAACAUCCGUCAAGAAUUGCAAAUACAACCUUCAACUCGCCCUCGCUCUUCACCGAUCAGGCUUCUUCUCGGCAAUCUAUCGCUCUGGUCCUCAUCCCCCAACGCUCGAGCAGAUGGUAUCUGAGCCUCCAGUGCAAGUGACGAACGCCAACGUAGCCACGAUGCGCCUGUGGCUCGGUCUUAAGUACUGGGACGGUAAACCCGUCCUCGGAAAGGCCAACGCUAUUAGCACGCCGAAGCGUCUUAUGACGGCCAAUAUUGCGGAGCUGGCUAGAUUGGCGAGAGGGUUCCCUACGAAGGUGGAUGGUGGUGUCGUGCCGGGGUUAAAUCUUGGCGAGUGCAUGUUUGUGUCGACGUCGAAGGGUAUGCUGGAAGUGAGGGAGGCACUCGCGCGAAAACAGGGUGGUCUGCUAGUAUGCCGGGUUUCAUAA